CCGUCGUGGUUUGAGAGCGUGCACUUCCUGGCGUACUUCAUGGCCUACAGCAACUCGCUCUGGAACCCCAUCCUCUACGGCGGCUUCAACAACAACUUCAGGCAGGGCUUUGCCCGCCUCUUCCUGUGCCGUGGAAAGCGAAAGUUCAGCGCCCGCAACGACAGGUCAAGGGACAGAAACGGUUACACAGCUCCUCUGAUUCAGUUGCUGCCUUUGCACACGGCUAGCUCUCGGAGAACGCAGAUGACCACGACCCGGUAGAAGCUUGGAGCCCUACCAUGAACAAGGGUCAGUGAGCUCGGCUGAAGAGCUCCAACGGCCACUAAGCUGGACUGAAGAGCUUCAACCUCUGAGACACAAAGGGGCGCGCGGUGGGAACCCUGUGACGAUCAGCUGCACAAGCGACACCGCAGCGAGUGCGCCAGCGCUGGUGGUGAUGAUCGGCUGGGUGAAGAAUAGGGACAAAGUGGUUUACAGUCUGGUGAUCACCAGGGAGAGACGGAGGCGCGGGUUUGCGCACGGUGGCAACCACCGCGAUCAAUGGUCAUUCUUGACAUGGGAGCCUCGCCAGCGCAGCUACAGUCAAUCCCUGUGGCUCGCUGGCCUCAAAUGAUCGUUGGGAGAUGCGCCGGUGUUCAAACUGGGCAGUCGGAUUCUGCUGUGUGCGCCACUGUGCGCCGAGCAUUGCCAAUUAUUUGCUGUUCGCUUUUCGGAACACGGGGAGGGUCGUGUACAACUGUAGAUGUACGCUCAGCAGAAUAAAAUAUAUG